AUGAUUUACUUCAAUCUCUUUGACACGAUUGCAGGAAUCAGCCAAUUUGUGCUGGGGGAAGGAGUGGAUGCCUCAGGUGUUACGACUAAGAUACUCACCUACAAUUGUACCAUCAAUUUAGUGAUUGAUAACAAGUCCAAGCUCUUUGGCCUUCACAUUAAUCCUCCAAUAAUGGAAAUGUCAUUUGGUCGCCUCACUUUUGCAAUAUUGUCAUAUGGUCCAAAGCUAUAUGUUGAGAGUGGCUCCACAUUGUACCACUUAUAUGUAGAAACGAGGAAUAAGCCAAUGUAUGGUGUUGGAAGAAGCAUGCAAGACAAGCUAAAGUCUGGAAUGGGAUUGGCACUAAUGUUUCGCCUGAGGCUGAACUCAAAUUUCAGAGUUGUCUUGAACCUUAUCAGGCCUAAAUUUCAUCAUCAAACUGAAUGUCUAUUAGUUCUUAAUCGUGCAUAUGAUAAGAAACAUCGAACCCAAGCAUAA